AUGAGUCAGGAGUCACCGGAGUCUGGUAAGAGCUACUUUCUGAACAGCUGCGUGAAAUGAGUAAGUAAUAUGUUGGAAAGCAGCUUGGAAAAAAAGACAAAUGUGUUGUGUGCUUGUUCCAGAUGGAGACUCUGCCCAGGAUGUCUCCGACUUCAACUGGGAUGACUACCUGGAGGAGACUGAAUCUGUGUCUGUGCCUCAUCACGCUUUCAAACAUGUGGGUGCUGAGUGCCUUCACAGCUGACACACGUCACUGGAUGAUUUUAUACCAACAAUGAUGAAACAUCUUUUUAAAGGCUUUGUUAAGUUUCACCACCUAGUUAGUUUGGAACGAUGGCUCGUAGUUGUAAUGUGUCGACUAGUAAAGCCCAGAGUAAUGCGUAAAUCAGGUCCUGAGCAGCAGCUUUGAAAGCAUCUUGUCAUAGGGAAAACAACAGAAUGGACACAUGAGCCGCUGCGUCACUGGGUCUACCAAAGCAUCCUUACUUGACAUUAACACAGAGUAGAAAUUGUGUCUUUCCUUUAAAUUUCUCCAAGUAUUUUUCUACAUAACUGACUGGAGAACACAACUUAAACUGUGAUUUGACUCUUAAGCCGCGUUCAGACCAAACGCGACCAGGUCGCGUCGCGUUGGUCGGUCAGGUCGCGUCGCGUGGUGCUCUGGUGUGUUCACACCGGGUCCAAAGUUGCAGUCGCAGGUCGCGGCUGGUCGCCGGUGACGUCAUCCAUGUCACUAGCUCAGUUUUCAGUUCAUCAGUGCUGCCGCAUUUCUGUACAUCCGCAGUAGACGCCGCCGGCGUUUAUGGGUGCAUGAAACCAUCCGGAGGAGGACGGAGCUGGGUGAAUUUCACCGCUUGCUCCAGGAACUCCGCCUGGACGACGGCCGCUUCCAGCGGUAUUUCCGUGUGUCGACGGCGCAGUUCGAGGACCUCCUCGCCCAGGUGGGAAGCAGCAUCUCCCGCCUGGACACGAAAUACAGGCGCUCCAUCUCAGCUUCGGAGCGCCUGUCUAUCUGUCUGUCCCUCAUAUAAACGUCUCUAAGCCCCUUCCACCGCUUGCGGCACACAUCCACUGCAAAGACACACACACACAUACGUUGAAACAUGUAGCCUAGCAAGCAGGGGCAGUUAGCUGGGUGGUAGCUAACGGAUGUGAUUAACUGCUCCUCCAUUGUGAUUCUUCUUCUCCUCUUCCUUGUUUCGCCGGUUUGUUGACGUCAGCAGAGCCCUGAUUGGCUGUCGCGGCACGAAGUCGCUCCCAAAGUUCAAAUAUUUGAACUUUGGGAGCGACGCGACUUGGCGUCCUGCGACCUCGGCGACGCGACCUCGGGGACGCGACUGGUCGCCCGGUCGCGCAUGGUCGCGUCGCAGGAAGCCGGCGGUCGCCAAGUCGCGUCAGGUCGCGGCUGGCCAUAGACUUUGCAUUGGGAGCCGUCGCCAAGUCGCGUCAGGUCGCGGCUGGUCUGAACGCGGCUUUAGAGUUUCAAUCCAUUAAUUCACACAUUUUUCCUCUUCUGCAUGUUUUUCUUCUCAGGUGGAUCAGGGCCUGCAGACAGGACUGACUCCAGGCAUGAAGCUGGAGGUGUGUGUGCGCUCAGAGACUGACAGUCCUUACUGGGUGGCGAGUAUCAUCACCACAUGUGGCCAACUGCUGCUCCUGCGCUAUGAGGGUUACCAGGACGACCGGCGUGCGGACUUCUGGUGCGACAUCAUGACAGCAGACCUCCACCCCUUGGGCUGGAGCCGCCAGAAUGGGAAGACUAUGAGGGCCCCUGAAGGUGAGGCAUGGCUGGUGGUGAUUAACAACAGUGAUGUGAAAGUUUUUCAGGACGCUCUACAAACUGUGAGUUUGUAGAGCCUCUAAAAAUCAUGUUUUUCUUGUUUUUUUAUAUGUUCUUAUGGCAUUUUUCUGAUGCCUCAGGACAUAUGAGAAAACUAAAUGCGAAAUUGCUUUUCUGAGUAUUUCAUCAUUCAAAUUGCUGUGAAUCUCUGGCAGACCCAAACGGCAGGUUCAGAAACAGUGAGAUUUCAUAUGUAACAAAUCCAAGCUCCGCCCCUAAUUAUGAUAUUAGCUUUCAUCAUGUCCCUAAAGACAUUAGUGUCCGAAAGUUGAAAAGCUCCUAUGUUACCUGCCACUUCUACUACACCAGCAAUGUUAGGCUGCAAGCUAACGUGAAGAGGAGUUUGCAGACUAGCGCUGUCUCUGCCCACAACUCAGAGGCGAAUUGCUAGUGAGCUACUGGAGCUCUGCAGAAGAAAAGCUGUUGAAAAUGACACAGGUGAUGCGAUUUUAGGCAAAAACUUCAUAAUCACAAUUUAAAGAUCACUGAGAACACUUUAAGUAGAAAAAAAAUGAUUGGAUUGGGACUUUAAGAGUGCUAAAAGGUAACUAAACAGUAUAAUCAAACACUGUUAAGUUAUUUAAUCGUUUUGUCUAAAACCAGCAAAAGCUUAACAGUAAAUAAUAAACCCCAAAAACAUCCCACAGUUGCCCGUCUUGUUAUUUUCAAUAUUAGGAUUUGGCAUCUGGCUUUUUUACUUGUUGAAACAAAGAAAUAUUGUGAAAUAAAUACCGAAGUUAGUAGACGACUAUAUAAGUCUCUUUGGAAUCUGAAAUCUACCUGAAACAUAAACUAAUACAACUCAAUAAUGUUGAUGUUUUAAAGACAUACCUGUGUUAAUAACAGUUGACACUGUAAUCAGACCUGUCAGAAGGCAUUUGUGUCUGUGUGAUCCUGAGCCCACCUAGUUGUAAAAUAAACACUGUGUUUGUGUCAUAUCACCCCUCAGGUGUGCGUGAGAAACAUCAGGACUGGGAGACUUUGUUGGGGAAGGCCCUGGCCGAGGAGUGCAGUGCGCCUGCCAACCUGCUGGAAUUGGUAAGGCGGAGGAACAGAGCAGCUGUCCUGUCAGAAACUCUUCACAUCCUGGGUGGGGCAGGUUUCUGACUGUGCCAAGAAUAACCUUCUCUUUACAACAACUUUAAAAACACACUAUCUAGUCAAAUGGAUUGUUUAGACUCCAAGAAAAUCAAGUCAGACUUUCUCCUUUGCUGCUAAAGCAGUGAGGCAGGUUUGAAGUUCACAGCUGGAAAACUCCACAUUGACAGUUUAUACCCUCAGGUGAUCAGAGUCAUCAACAGUUACUCUGCAGAUUUUACUCAUGCAAGCGCUGUACAACUGUCAUGUUAUGUGUAAGUAAGGGCUUAGUUCGUAUGCUAUGCCUCUUUGAAAUGCCACAGGACAGGAUAAAGUAUCAUACUGUAAAUGUCAAUUAGAAUAAAUAUGAAGUAAACUGGAUAAGAUUUUACAUCUUUUAUCAGGUCUUGUUUGUGCACCGGGCGUGAAGUCCCAAGUCUGCCAAAGCCAGGACUCUGAUCUUUUGUCUACAGCACAGAGGCUGGGCUGCUGAGAGCAAAUUGGUCUGUGAAAUUCUUUACAGCCAUUAGUUAGCUCUCUGUGACUGUGCUUCACUUCUGCAUUUAGUCAUGCAGUACAUUCUCUCCCUUCACAAAUUCCUUGCCUUGCCUAGGUGUGUGUCCAUUUGUGUUUGUGCUAGAGUGUGUGCUUUUCACUUCUAAUUUACCACCUCUAACCCCCCACCCACCCCUGCAGCCGCAGCGCGGUAGAGACCCAGUGGAGCUCCUGUCUGCGGGCUGCUAUGUGGAGCUUCAGGACAGUGAAGAUCCGGGGCUGGCCUGGGCUGCUGAGGUGGAGGAGAACAUAGGAGGAAGGCUGAAGCUGCGCCUUCUAGGCACAGAGGGCCUGCCGGACACACAAGCAACCCUCUGGCUCUUUUACCUACACCCACGCCUCCACCCACCCGGCUGGGCUAAAGAGCAAGGCUGCACCCUCAGGCCUCCAUCAGGUCAGUGGCAUUGACAUAGGUCAAAUUUUAUUUAUAGAAACAAAAAGAGAGGAUGAUUUAUGGAUUUCAAGAAUGGCUACCAAAGCAGGCAGGAGUUAUAUUAUCAGAUGGGAGAGCACAUUAAGAAUUCAUAUUGAAACCAGGGACUGUAUGCAUGUCAAAUGAUACGGUUAAAUUUAAGAGUCAUGCAUUUAUCUUUACUGUAUGUAAAGAGAGGCUACAUCAGCCCCUAAUGUUUUAUUACUGACAACAUACUCGUGUUUAUUUCAAUUUGUUGCAUUAAAUCUGUCAUUUUUCCCCAUUUGUCACAUUAUCUGACUGAUAUUAACAUUUUUCAAUAUGAAGACGACUGCGCAGUGAUAAAACAUAAGGGGUAAAUAUUCAAAUCAUGAUGGUGUGCCACCAGACCUUGAAAUUGAUUUUCUGCGGAGGCCCAGAAAGAUUAUUGUUUUCAGAAACAAUGAUCUCGUGUUCCUCAAAGCAGUUUAUAUGUGAAAUGUACGAAGCAUCAGAGGCUGUAUCAGUCCCCCCAACACAGCUGAUCUGAAGCUGCUACAUCUAAAAUACUUAAUAUCAUGCUCUGUGUGUGAGUGUGUGUUUGGUGGUGGGUUUAACUUGCUACUGUGCUUUGCAGGAUUACAACAGAUUGUUUUAAAAAGUUGUUACUCUGUUACUCACCUUCUCACACAAUCACAAACCCCCGUCACUGUUGUCCUCCAGAACCUCUGAGGGCUCUGUGUCCUACAGUGCAUCCAGUUCAGAGUGCUCCUCCUCACCUUCAAGGCCCUCCAUAACCAGAGCUCUUCCUGCCUUGCUAACCUGCUCCACCCCCACACUCCGGCCCGCAGUCUCCACUAUAUCAAAGCUAUCCUUUCCUCUCCAGCUCUCAAAACCUAGCACCAAACCAGGAGCCACAGAGCACUUACCAUUUCCAUUCCCCUAACUCUUGAGCUCUCUUUUGGUCUGACCCGCUAAGAUUCAAAUCACUGAUGGAAACCCACCUUUUCAGAACUGCUUUUCUUUUAUGUUGCUUCUCGUAUUUGUUGUUUUUAUUGUUAUUAUUUUUGUUGACCUCGUGCCCUAGUUGUCAAAAAAGCUGUUGUAGCUCCUCCACCACUGUUUUUUUUAUUUGUUUGUUUCAGACCUGUUGGCCCUGCGGACAGAGGGAGAGUGGGAGGAGGUAAAACAGAGGAUCUGUGACCUGCCUCAGGAUGAAGCUCUGACUGCAGAGUUUAAUAAGGUACUGCCAACCCUUCUUUUAAGCUCUGACUGACCCAACCAUGUCUCUUUUUCUAGCCAAUUAAGCUUUUGAUAACAAGCAUAGACCAAAAGUUGCGCAAUUCUCCUUUAAACUGGGUGCUGUGGCUUUUAUCAGGGGCUGAGCUUUUGAAGAUGAUUCUGUUUGUGUGUUUGUUAAAGGAUCCGCCUACCGUCAUCGCUCAUUGUUUUAAGGAAGGUAUGAAACUGGAGGCUGUUGACCCUGCUGCCCCUAUUUCCAUCAAACCUGCCACUGUCACCAAGGUAACAGACUUCAUAUCAAAUCUGCCUCUGCUGUGCUGCAGUGUUUUUUCCAUUCAUGCUUUACAUCAUUGUCACAUUGUCUUUACUCUGCUAACCAGUGUUGAGUUGUGUCUUAACCAACUAAAAUGAGUCCUUUUUCAUCAAACAGUCUGGUAGAUGUCUUCUUUUAAGGAUACUGUCUGCAUGAUUUAAACCAGAUACUAAAAGUUUUUAUAGCUGUCGUUUUUAAUGUCUGUAAGUGAUGGAAAAACUAACCUCUUCUCCUCAGGUGUUCAACGAGCAGUACUUCCUGGUGACAUUGGACAAUCUUUGUAGUGUAGAGGAGUCUGAAAAAGCUGGAAGGUCUUUUCUGUGCCACAGAGACAGUCCAGGAAUCUUCCCUACGCAGUGGAGCCUCAAAAAUGGACUGUCUCUCAGCCCCCCACCAGGUCUGCUCUGAUGUUCCUAGAUAACAAAUGAAUGGCUUAGUAAUAUCACAAUUUGUUGCAGUGUUUAAAUAACUCAGACUGCCUUGCUUGUUUGCUCGCAUUCAUCUCCUACAGGAUACCAGGGUUCAGACUUUGACUGGGCAGAUUACCUGAAGCAAUGUGAGGCGGAGGCAGCUCCUCAGCAUUGCUUCCCAUCUGUGAGUCAACCCUCAAUUUACUCCCUCUUAUUACUAGUUUCACUCUACUCUGGAGACAGGGCUAUUUCACGUCUUCAUCAAAAACACACAUCCAGAUGCUACCAGAACCCAAAAAUGUAUCUAUGAUUUCAAAAAGGCUAAUAUUUGACUCCCAGAGAAUUUUGUGCUCUCAGUUGGACAUUGCCCACUUAUUGUGAAAGUUGAUUUUAGGAGAUGCCCCCAGAAGGAUAACCUUGAUCCCCUUAUUGUUUUUACUGUAUUGUUACAUCCUCCUAUCAAAAGUAGAUUUUUCCUAUUUUCCAAUGUUGUCAAAUGCCGUUAAAGUACCAUGUGCCCAACCCCCACCGAGUAAACAGCCAGCCCCCUGAGAUUUUUCUUAGAUUUUAAUUUUAUAAUGGACAAAAAUCACAAAAUGGCUACCCCUUACUGUUUCUUUUCCAGGAGCAGUGUGACAGCUGCUUCAUAAAGGCCAUGAAACUGGAGGCUGUCAACCCCCUGUCACCUGAGAACAUCCACGUGGCCACGGUCACCAAGGUGAAAGGGCAAUAUAUUUGGCUGAGCCUGGAAGGUAAGAUAAGGAAAUGUAGAAAGUGUUGUUUUAGAAGAGUGAAGUUCAAAAUUAGUGUGUUUGAUUUCCACCAUGUUAACUGCGGUACCAUCUAAAGCAGUACUGUGUAAACUACAUACAUUAACUGAAGGUCUGGGGGUCCUAACAGUAUCUCAUGGGAUCUAAAAAGUCAAGGUUUUUAUACUUUAAGGUCUUAAAAUGUCUUGAAAGGCCUUAUUUUCUCAUGUGAGGGGUCUUACUUUUUAAAUGGCUCUUUGACCAAUAUGCUAAAUACUUCUAUCAAAACUACACAGUCUUGUUUACAUGACUGUUUACCAUGUUAAUACUGAUCCCUGAUAUGUUAAGUUCGCUCUGUGUAUAGUAAGCGUUUAUUUUGAUAGUAAACAAUGGUGUGGUUUUCUCUUUUCCUGUCUCGACUUGUCAUGUUUGUAGAUGACUGAAUGCACUUCAGCUGAAUUUUAGUUAGGGAGAAUAAAAAACCAUAGUCACAGGUUGAACUUUAACCACAGUGCACUGCCAGAAGAAAACACUCCAAAAACAGUAACACUUGCUUCACUGAGUAACUCAACAUGAAUAAUGCAUAAAUUCACUGCUAAACUACACCUUAUUGAUUUGUUAUGUUGGCAAAACAAGCUAGCUGAAGCUUACUUUGUGACAUUUUCUGAAUGAGUGGUGGAGAGUAACAAAGUUGAGCCCACUCAAGUACCCUACGCUUUUAAGUAGUCCUCAUGUUUUAUACUUUUUACAUUAAACUUAUAGACAUACCUUUCAGAUUCAGAUCACUACUGAAAAAUAUGAUUAAUAAAUUAUGAUAUUGUGUCAAUAUGUUCUUAUUUAAGUGCAGGAAGACUUCACGGGUUUCCCAGAAAUUAAUAAAUAAAUAAAACUGAGCUGACUUUAUUGAAUUCUAAUUGACUCCAACUUUGUCUGCUGCAAAAAUAAAGUGACAUACACCUGCUAAUACAUUAAAAUUACAAUGAAUAAUUAAGUAUUCAAUAAAUAUCCCCAAGUGAGCUAUUAUGAAAAUGGGUUAUCUGUUUUUUUCUCUAGGAGGAUGUCCUCAGCAGUUAUUAUUGUAUCUUAAAAAUUUUCACUCACAAGUAUUUUCCUCUGACUUUAAUUCUUGGUAAUGGUUGGUAAGAAAAACAAUGAUUGGAGGAUGACUUUCAAGAAAUGUAAAAGAGCUUUGUAACUUGGGAUACAUAGUUUAAUAAUAUUGUUUUACAUGAAUAGUGGUCUUAAAUUGCCACAACUUGUGUACAUUGGCAUUGUUCUGCUAUCACUUUUUUUCUUUAAACACACCAAGAGAAGAUGUGAAGCAUAGUGUCAGUGAUAUCAGUUCCUGUUGGAUUUUAUUUAGCGCCUCACUACAUCAGGUUAAAACUGGACUACGUUAGCUAUACCACUGCUCUCAGUUUCUCAUAAUGACCUUUUAAUCUGACUGUAAGUGAAUGUUUGAACAGGACUGAAGCAGCCAUUGCCAGAGCUGAUAGUUCAUAUGGACUCUCUGGACAUCUUCCCAGUCAGCUGGUGUGAGACUAAUGGCUAUCCACUCGUCUACCCCAUUAAACCCUCAGGUACACAACAUGAGUCAUCAUCAUGGAUUUUUUACACAUCUACCCUAACAAGACUGUUACCGAUGCUGGUACAUAAUACAGGAUGUUUCUCUAAGCUCUGAAAUAGAUGAUUAUAUAAAAAUGAUCUCACAUUAGUCUUGACUUCUCUUUCAGUUGAGAAAGAGAGGAAGGUUGCUGUGGUCCAGCCUGAAAAGCAGUGAGUACAUAGAAAAGAAAAGGAUGUUCAUUGGUUUGAAUGGGUAGAGUUGGAUUCCUUUUAAAUGUCUGAUUUUUUUUUUUUCACCACCCCACAGCCGAACGCCACCUAAGUCAUUGUCACCUGACGCUGUCAAGCAGCAAAUGGCCACCCAGUCAGAGACAGGUGAGUGGUUUGUUUAAGGUGUCAGUGACGGGCUCUGUUGUGUGAUACAUCAGGUUUAAUGACAGUCCUCGUGUUUUGUGGUAUGUCUCAUCAUAUGUUUGUGUUCAUGUGCAGGACAAGGAAAUGGAAAAUACUGCUGUCCUAAGAUCUAUUUCAACCACCGCUGCUUCUCUGGGCCCUACCUUAACAAAGGACGCAUCGCAGAGCUGCCUCAGUUCAUAGGCCCUGGCAACUGUGUCCUGGUUCUCAAGGAGGUGAGAGAGGCCAGCGCCAUUAUUUUCUGUAAAACGUCACACCAUAGCUCAAUCCUGAAACACAAAUACACAUGUUGUCGGUGACAAGUUUAGACUUAGCUCUUUGCCGUGGUAGUUGUAGGACUAUGUGGGGCAAUGUGGAUCAUUAAAUCUGCUAAAUGUAGAUGGAUUGCUGAGGAAUUUGUUUCAGGCGGUUGGAGUUCAUAGAGAAGUCUUUUUAAACCAUGAGGAACAAUUCUCUGAACUCAUUUAAACUUCAUUUGUGACCAAAUGCCUACAAACAUAACAGUGUCAAGCCAAUUUUGGCAUCCCUAUAUGCUAAACUGAAGGGUAAUAUUGGAAAGAUGGUGUGCUCUCAGGUCAACGGUGUUAGCAUUACCACUGAGUGUAAUUAGCAUGCUUAUGAUAACAUUUAAGUUUGAAGCAAUAACGCCUCAGAUUGGAUGACUCCCUCUCUUAUAAAUGUUCAACCAGUAGUAGCUUUGAAUCUGUGUCAUGUCAUGGGGUUAAUAGCACUCUUUCUGUGGUCUGUAAUGUCAUUUUUACAGUGACACAAUGUCCCUAUUUGAUAAGCACACGAUGCAGAGGCAGUCAAGGUCUGCUUAUCUACUGCCAAUAAGUAGUUACAUGUAAAUCCUAUUAAAAAGCAUGUCUCAAAAUGAAAUAUUUGAUUAUUCAUAUGAAAAAAGAUAAUUUAGCCUCAUAAAACCAACCCCUCUAGCCUCAGGUAACCUGUAAGUGUUGCAAUUCUCUGCUUGUCUAUUAUCCAGGUAUUAACUCUGCUGAUAAACUCGGCCUACAAGCCGAGCCGCGUGCUGAGGGAGCUGCAGCUGGACCAGGAGAGCCGCUGGCAAGGCCAUGGAGAGACACUCAAAGCCAAGUAAGGGGGUAACACCACUAAAUCCUCAGCUCAAAAUUCUCUGCUCUGAGUAGAAGGGUUUACAGCCUACCUAUUUUGGGACACAAACUGGAAUCAACAAGUACUUAAUUACAACAAAGUGCAGUUAAUAUCACCCAUACAGGUAACCCAAUACUUCAGUGGACCAGCAAUGUAGUUAACCUCAUCUGGCUUAUUUCAGAGAGCAACAUUGCUGCUAGUGUUGUGUCGUUUGCGAACGAUUCGUUCAAAAGAAUCGACUCUUUUAAGUGAACAUACUGAACCGAAUCACCUCCUCCAGUGAUUCACUCGUUUCUCACUCCAGUUAAGCUGAAGUGAGAAACAUCAUUGCCAUGCCAGCGGCCGGCGAACGAGGGACCACAUGCACCAACGCCUGAAUCACUUGGUGAACGAAUCACGCAUUGAGCUACACUCUCUGGAAUCAUUUUGCCAGACAAAACUACCCUUUUUUUUUUUUUUUACUGCUAAAUUGCCACCACAACAACUUGCAUACAAUAGGACACAGCAUGUAACAAGUAGUUCAUUAAACCUGCAGCAUCCUAUCAUUGCAGCGGUUUGCGAGGGAACGGUGCAUGUUCAGUGUGAAUUCUUCUAAACGUUCAUUGAACGAAAAUCACUCACUGACCCUAAUUUACCGAGCAGACCUGAUAAAUAGCAUACCAUAGGACAGUACACUUAAACGUCAUGACUAUACAAACUAGUUCAUUUGAACAAACUUGUUUGCCAAAGCAACACAGCCAAACACUCUUGUCUCUCAGUCCAAGAAGUGAUGAAAUGAACUGAAUCCUGGAACUUUCAGCUGUUUAUCAGUUCAGGAGGUCGGAGUCGCAGGCUUCUCCUGCUAUAUGAUUUGGUGAAUGAAUCUUUUGAACGAUUCUUUUCAGUGAACUGAUUCUAGUGAUUCAGUACAUCUAAAAGUGCCCAUCACUAAUUGCUGCUUUUUGCUACCUUGAUAGAUAAAACACAUACAUAAUGAGAGUCCCGAGGAGGAGAGAUGUUUUUUUUAUUUUUCCUAAAAUCUACCUGUAUUGCUGUCAACUUAAACUCGGGUUGAAAUAUUAGAAAAAUAACACUUUUUAUUUACUUUGUCACCCUCAUUGUCAGGUACAAGGGAAAAAGUUACCGGGCUACGGUGGAAAUAGUCCGCACUGCAGACCGUGUGGCAGACUUCUGCAGAAAAACCUGCAUCAAGCUGGAGUGCUGCCCGAACCUGUUUGGACCUCGCAUGGUUCUCGACCGCUGCUCGGAGAACUGCUCAGUCCUCACCAAGACCAAAUACAGUAGGUGGUUUACAAAAUAAGCUACUGCUGGCUGUGGAGGCUUCAAAUGAUUCAUGAAAUGAUCUUAGGCAGCUGCUUUCUUAUCAAAGGGGGCUGUUAACACAACCUCUAAUGCUAUGAUUCAUAACAGUCACAGCAUUGAGAUCUGCACACUUGAUGCCAGAUGUGACCUUAAUUCUAGACACUAUUCAAACUUGCUCCCUUUUAACAUUAAGCUUGUUCAUUUCUUCUUAUGAUUUGAGCCAGCCCUGUUAGAAAAUUAUCAAGGAGUGCAUAAGUGUUCCCCUCUGAAUGAAGAUUUCUUUUUUUUUUUUUUUUUGGUAAAGUAGGGUGGGGAGAUUAGAGUCUCCACAGGAAGUAAGCAAACUGGACUUAAUCUCCAGCAUAAAGUCACAGAUUUGGAGAUAUGUUUACAUGCUGCCACAUUACAGCUUUGAGAUUAAGAAACUGAUGCAAUUUUAGAGCAACAGAAACUAGUGAUGCACGAUAUGAAAAAUUUCAACCGAUAAACGAUAAUUUUCUUCUUCUCACGGCCGAUACCGAUACCGAUAACCGAUAAAUUCAUAUUUUUACAUUUAUUAUAAUCUUCAUAUAAUCUGCAGUUUGUGCAGGAUGCAGCGAUUGAAAACUGAUAUUUUUGUUGCUCUCGCCUAUCUAGAACAACAAACAAAAGUUUUUGGCUCUUCAAAUGUGGUCAUUUGCUAUAAAUAACAAUAACAGAGCAAAAAGCAGAACUUCAUUUGAUCCCCUGAACUGUUCAACAGAACUGUAAACUGUAAAGGAGCCAUUAUGAGCCGUUAGGCUUAGCAUGCUGACCGGACUAACAUCUGACGUCCAUAUGUUUGUGGUAAAACUCACGUACAGUCCGUUCUUGUCGAUCAGGUUGUGAAUGUAUGUGGCGACAAUAUCAUAGAGUGCAGGAAGAGACACAUCCGAGAAGAAGCGGCGGCUUGGGAGAGUGUAACGUGGCUCCAAGUGUGCUAUGAACUUACGAAAACCCGGGUUCUCAACGACGGAAAAAGGCUGGUCGUCGACCGCUAUGAAUUCCAUCACUUUGUCGUUAAUGGCUUUAGCCUUUUCGCUGUCUCUUGAGAAGCUUUUGCAGUUUUCAAACGCCUGCUGAAUGGGGACAGAUUCGUUGUGUUAAAACUUGACGUCUUCUUUCCUCCUCUUGAAAUCCUCGCUGAACAGGUUUUGCAUAUAGCAAUGCUGUUGUCAUUUUCUGCCACUGAGAGAAACGACCAUGCUGGUGAAGACAUUUUAUUAUCUGUCAGGCAGUGACGGGGUCAGGCUUGGGACCUGCGAGUAAGGCUUGAUAGACGACGUGACCAGCACGUCUCGGACGGGCGGAUACUCCGCCUGCAAACGUUACUCGUAAUUUCAUUAAUAUAUCGGAUCUUUCUAUCGGAAAAAUGCACCUAUCGGACCGAUAAAAAAUGACGUAAUUUCCCCCCAAAUCGGCCGAUAUUUUAUCGGUCCGAUAAAUAUCGUGCAUCCCUAACAGAAACUGAUUACACUUUCUCUUUUAUUCCUUGUGUGUCCAGUGCUGAUGACAGCCCAUAUCCUCCUCACACUACUCCUUACAGGCUAUUUGUCAAUGCUUCUUACUUGUGGAGGAUCAUAAACACUUCAUAAGAUUGAUCUAAUUUCCAUCCAUCUCAGUGAUUUCAUUCGUAUAUGUAGUUUCCUAGACAUGUGAAAUGUAACAUUACCCACCGAGCCUGUUGUCUUUUCGUCAGCCUACUACUAUGGGAAGAAGAAGAGUAAACGAGUGGGCCGUCCACCUGGUGGACACUCCAACCUAGAGGGAGGAGUUAAGAGAAGAGGAAGGAGGAGGAAGAGGAGGAAGCAGCUCUUUGUGCACAAGAAAAGACGUUCUUCAGCAUCAGUGGACAACACACCUGCUGGAUCUCCUCAGGUAAUACACUCAUACACUCUUCCAUUAAUAAUAAUAAUAAUAAUGCCAAAAACCUCUUGAAUCUGCGCUGAUGGAGGUAACCAUUGGCUCACAGGGUAGUGGAGAAGAAGAAGAUCUUGAUGAAGACGACUCUCUGAGUGAAGACUCCGGCUCAGAGUUGCAGGAUGACCUCCAGGAUGAUUCCGAACAAUCAUUUGGGAAGUCUCAGCCCACCACACCAUCGCCCUCCCCACCAGCAACACCUAGGCCCACCCGCAGGCGCCGGAAACCCCGCUCACCUUCAUUCUCUGAUGAUGAGAACAGACCUCCAUCACCCAAGGUGAGACAAAUCACAAAGGGUGUAAAAUUACUUUGUACGAGAUGAUGGAAAAAAGGUGUUGAUAACUACUAGAAGAUACUCAGCUUGUGGAUUUUAUUGUAGAUACGGACUGGGAAGGUUUAUGAAAUAUUCUCUUAUACACCACUGGUAUAUAUUUUUAGUCCUGCCUUUUCCUUCAGAAAAUACUGCCUCUCUAUGUCUGCUCAAGUCCUAAAAGAUUUCAAACAAUGUAUUCACUGUGACCUGAACUCGCUCUAAACAGCUUACAAGGGAACAAACAAGAUACAAGUAUUGUGUUUUUGCCUGAAAUAUUUGUGUGAUAACCCCUCUGCUCAGCAUAAUUUCUAAGGUUUUAAAUAAGUUGUGUGUCUUUCCACUUCAGCCCUGAGAUCUCUCACAGUCUCUGUCUGACUCACCCUGUCUGUGUGUUUAUAGACCUCAAAGACUGAGCCCCCUCAGAAGUUGUGUUUGGACACCAGCCCCCUGGAGUGGAGUGUGACUGAUGUGGUUCGCUUCAUCAGGACCACCGACUGUGCACCUCUUGCACGGAUUUUCUUGGAUCAAGUAAGAAAUACUCACAUGCUCGAUAACCACUCCUGCUCUUCUUGUCUAACGUAAGAGGUGUAUCUGUAUACUGUACAGUUGUUUUGUUUCCAGGGUCACUAAUUCAAAACAUUUCAUAUCUGAUCGUAGAAGCUUUCUUAUAUGAAUUUGUCUUCAUAGGAGAUUGACGGGCAGGCGCUGCUGCUGUUGAACCUCCCCACAGUGCAGGAGUGUAUGGACCUGAAGCUGGGACCAGCCAUUAAGCUUUGUCACCACAUUGAAAGAGUCAAGCUGGCUUUUUAUCAACAGUUUGCCACGUAG